AUGUCGCAACCACAAGACAUCAAGUCCAUCCUGGCCGCAGAGCCAUGGUACUACGACGGCGACCGGCGAUGCGUCAAGUUCUACACUGACGGCAGAGGCGAGAUAUGGGACGGCCACGAGACAGCAUUUACACUAGGCGCCUGCUUUGACUGGAAAGCUCUGAACCCCACAGUACUAGAUGAGCAGCCGGCCCUCACUACGGGGGCAACUCCCAAGACCCUGGCCCACAUCAGUCUGGAAAUCACCCUAACAGAUCGCCGCUGCCCCUGUCCCGAGGGCUGGAAUUUUGACGAGAAAACCCUUGAACGGAUCAGACUGAGUAGGUCAUGCUUCAAGGAGAGCGCGUUCCAACCCAGGACCUUCACUGUCCGCAUUGAGAGCGGAACUUUCGCCAAGCCUUUUAUGGAGGACCAUGGUGGGGUGAAGUCAUUCGGAGACCAGGCGCACAAAUAUGCGCUGCGGCUUGUGUUUGAUAGGUGUCCCUGGCCAUUACCCGAGACAUACAUCGGAGAACCCAUUAGGAUGGAUGAUGGGCAUCUGCAGAAUCUCGACUGGCCCCCGGGGGUACAGAUUGGGGGAGAUGCUCGAGAUGAUAUCUUCCUGCCUGCCUCGGAUAGCCUUGUGUUCACAAUGGGAAACCACACGGGAAAGACGAACUUUUGA